CACAUUCUGUUGUGAUAGAAACUACACAAAAGCCCACUUUCUGCAACCUAUCGACAAAACCAAGAACCCAACCCAAGCUGCCAGAAGCUGGAAUAGCAGAAGCAUGAGCUAAAGGCCAGCGUUCCUCUCUGUGCCAUAGCACAUGGAUUUCAGGACUGCGUCUGAGGAGACAAAGACAGGAAUUUGUUUGCUACAGGAUGGAACUCAGGAGCCUUUUGAAGUGCGACUGCACUUAGCAAAGGAUAUUUUAACAAUUCAGGAGCAAGACGUUAUCUGUGUGUCGAGUGAACCUUUCUAUUCCAGUGAAAGAACAGUGACAAUCAGACGACAAACAAUUGGUGGAUUUGGUCUAAGUAUAAAGGGUGGUGCUGAACACAAUAUUCCUGUUAUUAUAUCCAAAAUCUCUAAAGAGCAAAGAGCUGACCUAUUGGGCCUGCUGUUCAUUGGAGAUGCUAUCCUACAGAUAAAUGGAAUAAACGUUAGGUCCUGCAAGCAUGAAGAAGUGGUUCAAGUGCUGCGUAAUGCUGGUGAAGAAGUGACUCUUACGGUUUCUUUUUUAAAGCGAGCGCCUGCUUUCCUGAAACUCCCCCUCUAUGAAGACUGCACAUGUGUCCCGAGUGAUCAGAGCAGCGGCACAUCUUCACCACUUUGUGACAGUGGAUUGCACCUUAACUACCAUCCCAACAACACAGAUUCAUUAUCUUGUUCUUCGUGGCCAACUUCCUCAGGCCUGAAGUGGGAGAAGCGGUGGUGUGAUUUGAGGUUAAUCCCACUUCUUCAUUCUCGCCUGUCAUACUAUGUUCCAGGAACUGAUAUUUGCAGGCAAACUGCCUUUCAAGUAAUUGCUGUGGAUGGUGUGUGCAGUGGCAUAAUUCAGUGCCUCACUGUUGAAGAUUGUAUAGACUGGCUACAAGCGAUCGCAAUUAAUAUAUCCAAUCUUACCAAGCACAAUAUUAAAAAAAUUAACAGAAACUUCCCUGUAAACCAACAGAUAGUCUACAUGGGCUGGGUAGAUGAUCGAGAGCCUGACUCACUGCAGGAUAAACUGUAUACACCAAAGUAUCUAGCCUUGAGGGGUUCUUGCCUAUACAAAUUUACAGCACCUCCGGUAACAACAUGGGACUGGACAAGAGCUGUGAGGAGUUACGUAGUCUAUGAAAUUAUGUGCAAAAUCCUGAAGGACAGUGACCUAUGGGACCGGCGGAAAUACAGCUUUAGUGUUCAGACAGAAAAUGGCGAGGACCUAGUCUUCAGUCUGGAAUUAGAGUAUGAACUCAUUCUCUGGGAGAAGGCCUUCCAAACAUCAACAUUCUUGGAGGUUGAACGAAUACAGUGCAAGACAUAUCCAUGUGUACUGGAGAGUCACCUCAUGGGACUGACCAUAGACUUCAACAUGGGCUUUGUCUGCUUUGAUGCUGCAACAAAGGCUGUUCUCUGGAGGUACAAGUUUUCUCAACUGAAAGGUUCUUCAGAUGAUGGAAAGAGCAAGAUUAAGUUUUUAUUCCAGAAUACGGACACAAAACAAAUUGAAGCGAAGGAGCUGGAAUUUUCCAAUCUGUUUGCAGUUCUGCACUGCAUACAUUCCUUCUUUGCUGCCAAAGUUGCUUGCAUGGAUCCUCUCUAUGUCGGAAGCCAAAGUGGUGCUGGGAAGGCGAAGUACAAUAAUUGACAGAGAGACUCGUAUUCUUUCUAUCCAGUUUGGAGGAGUUGAUGCUGCUCUACUGAACAUAAAUAUUUAUCAUACCACACCCAUGGGGAUUUGUGUACAAGGUUUCCAGUUCAGGAGACAUAUUGUCACUUUGCAGUUCAGAAACGCAUUCAUCUCCUGUGCCGUAAUAAUGCAAACAGUCAACGAAUAAGAUGAACUGAAAUCCCAGGAGUCUGCAAGCAUAGUACCUUUUUGUGACUUCGAUAGAGAACAGUCGUUUCCUCAAUAACUGUAGCCAAAUAUUACAGUGAGACAAUUCCUUGAAUGAGAGCUGUCACUGAAGCACUUAUUGUAUAUAAGAUUUCUUAUUUGAAGGCAUCUCUAUGGAAGGACCCAUGGAUUCAAAUGUACUUCUGGUGUUCCAAAGGUGGACAUUUUUAUGAAUUUACAUGACAUUUAAAUGUUAAAGACAGAAGGUUUAUGCAAAGUUGGUGUUCAGGAAUAUGAAAAACAGAAAUUAAGGAUAAAAAAUGGGCAAAGUUGAUCAUUUUUAUGUAAAAUAAUUUUUGUAGUGGAAAUGCCCUUAUUUUUACAAUCAGCCUGAGUGUUUACUGUUCCCAUGUUAAUUCUCCGAAACACAAAAUGUGAAUUGUAUUUCUUGAAUAACAUGUUCAGAAUCUGUUCAAUGUACCAGGCAGUAAUAAUAAUUAUUGUCUCUUUGUUGGAAUCAUUUGCACAAGCUGUUAAAAUCAAGCUAACGUUUCUCUAGGACUAUCAAUAAUUAAAAUAUAACAUAACUUUCAUUCAUUAAAAGGAAAUAACUGACUGCAAGACC